CAGUGCAGUCAGUCAACGGUACGUCAGUGAACGCCAGUGGGCUGUGCUCUUCGCGGCGCGUUCGGGUCGCGUUCUUGGUUGCUUAGCACAGGCAAACUCAACAUUGCUGAAAGAAUGGCGGAUGAAGAGAAAGCAACCAGCCCUCGAACUAAAAAGAUUUUUAUAAACCUCAUCGACUCCUAUUCUUCUGAAUGCAUCGGAAAGUGCCUGUGUACCUGUAUUCCUGGAGCGUCUUUGGAGGAAGCCGAGGUCGAGGAAGAAAAUGAAGUAACUUUCCAGAUAGUGGGAACCGUCGAGACAAGGACGGAUAAACGGGGGUCUCGUUUUUCAUCAGAAGAGUAUUGUGAACUUGGCCGUGAAGAACUCCUGCAACGUCUAAUGGAAUGCGAUGUUAUCGUUUACAACAUCAGCGAAAUGUCUGAGCAGUUGGAUGAGGCGUCUUGGGCGAUAUCUGCGCUGCAUAGUGAAAUAAAUCAUUUCGGUGGUCCGAAGAUUUUUAUAUUGAUAUCAACCGUGAUGACGUGGGCCCUGACCAAACCGAUUGACCCAGAUGACCUGGACGUCCCUUUCACUGAGGAAGAUUACAGAAGACGGCGACCCCAUCCAAACUUUAAAGAACACAUUAGUGUGGAAAGACUUGUGCUUAAAAUGGGCAAAACCAAAAAGUCCAGACUCUCUACCUAUGUUGUGGCUGCUGGUCUUCAAUAUGGAAUGGGAGAGAACAUAUUUCACUACUUCUUCAGGACCUCUUGGUUGGGAGAAGUUUCCAAUAUUCCUGUUUUUGGACCAGGCAGUAAUGUCAUUCCAACAAUACAUGUCAGUGACCUAGCAGGUGUGAUCCAGAAUAUUAUUGACCACAAGCCAAAGACGCACUACUUAAUGGCUGUGGAUGACUCCAAUAAUACCUUUGAAGACAUUGUCAAGGCAGUCAGCAAUGCUCUUGGUCCAGGAAAAAUAGAAAAAGUUCCAAAAGAAGAGGCGUUCCUCAUCAAAGAUUUCACUCAAGGGGACAUCGAUUCCCUCUCCAUCAACCUGCGCACAGAAGCUGUCUUUUUGAAGAACCGUUUUAAUAUCCAAUGGGUGUGCGAGUUGGGGAUGGUCGCAAGCAUUGACCAUGUGGUGAAAGAGUACAGGCAAAACAGACAGUUGCUGCCAGUCCGUAUCUGCAUCCUGGGACCACCCGCAGUAGGUAAAACCACAGUGGCGACAAAGAUCUGCAAACAUUACAAAGUCCAUCAUGUCACAGUCAAGGAUGUCAUUGCUGAGAAGAUUGCACAGCUGGAGGAAGUGGUCCAGAUGGAUAAUCAGGAAGAUGAGAGUUUCGAUACCUUGGCUGCACAGGAACUCUUGGAGUCUCUGAAGGACAACAUGAAUCAGAACGGAGGUCCAUUGGAUGACCAGCUUGUUUUUCAAAUUCUGAGAGAGAAGCUGAAUUCAAAACCAUGUAGAAAUCAAGGGUUUGUUUUGGAUGGCUAUCCUAAGACAUAUGAUCAGGCAAAGGAGCUGUUUUAUGGUGAAGAGGAAGCAGAAGAUGACACCAGAUCCAAAAUGCCUCCGUUCAACCAAAACAUCAUCCCAGACUAUGUUUUCUCUCUGGAUGCCACGGACGAAUUCCUGAAAGUGCGUGUGCAGAACCUUCCGGAGUGUGUGGUUGAGGGUACACACUAUGCUCAGGACCAGUUCCUCCGCCACCUGGCUGAAUUCAGGGACCUUAAUUCCCAGGAUGAAACAGUGCUCGACUACUUUGAUGAGCUGGAGAUUCAUCCCGAACACAUAGAAAUUACAGGUGAUGAGGAUUCAGAAUUCCUGGCUGCGACUGAGAAAAUCAUUAAGGCUGUAGGGAAAGCAAAAAACUAUGGCCCCUCAGCUGAGGAACGUGAGGAGGAGGAACGGAAGAAUGCCGAAGAGAGGGCAAAGCUGCUGGCAGCAGAGAUGGAAGAGAGAGAGAGGAAGGAGGCAGAGAAGGCAGCUAGGCAGGCCGUUCAGUUGGAGGAAUGGAGUAAAAAUCUGAGAGAGGUAAAAAGAGAGGAGCAAGAGUUUCUGGAGGCUCGUUCCGUCCCCUUAAGGAACUAUCUGAUGAAGAAUGUGAUGCCCACCGUCACCCAUGCACUGAUCGAAUGUUGUAAAAUCAAACCAGAUGACCCAGUCGACUUUCUGGCGGAGUAUCUCCUGAGAAACAGUGCUCUUGUUGACUGAAUCUCAAAAAUGGCUCAACCAUGGAGAAAAGAUUAAAAAUAUUAUAUAAAUGUAUAUACUUGUGAACUAUUAAAUUCAUUUUCCCUUUAUAAUAUAUGCAAUUUGUCUUUAUGAUUGUUUGUGUCAAUGCAUAUGGAGCUCACUGUAUGUGUGUGUGUGUGUUUAAAAUAUCUUUUAAAUAUUUAAUGUGCAAACACGACCAACAUUUCGACACUAUUGCGUCUUCAUCAGAGUCAAAACAGCAGUGACUUGGAUAGAGACCAGGUAAAUAGCCUCACCUAGACUUCACCUGAGUUUCCUAUAGGUGGAGAGGCAAAGGUACAAUUAUCCAAUGCUGUUAAUCCACAGAAGGUCACAUGAAACAUAAAGAUAUAGUUAUACAAAUAAAUAUAGAAAUAAAUAUUUCUCCAGUGCCUUUCUCCGGGUAAGUCCUUUUAAGUGAAGUUACCCAGAGUGUCUUCUGUAUGUCUAUUACUGAGAGCACUGAAGAAGCUGGCUGAAGUGCGUGUGUGUCUCUAUAACUGAACUGAGUGAAAUAUGUUUAUAUUCUCAAUCCAGCAGUUUUAACCGCUAACCUUUGUUUUGUGUUCGGCACUGUUAUGUAUUUAAGUUUUGUUUUGCUUUGUCUCCCCCAUGUGGUGGUUGUGUUCUUUUUUUAUGGGUGUGUUUCAGUUUGCCCAUUUGAGUUUAAUUGGUGAUCGGGUACACCUGCUGCCUAUAAGAAGACUACAGCUCCUGAGGCGCUGUCUCUCUCGAUUACUUGCCAUGCCGGGCUGGAGAAGCUGCAUUGCCAUUCCUUAUGCUUUGAUUUUGGUGCAGACUUUUUUUUUCUCUUUCGUUUUGUUAUUUUAGUUAUUUCUUUUUCUAGAUUUCCAUCGGUCAGGUGAGAGGGCCCCCAGGUCCGACCUCCAAUUGCUGUGGGGCCUGACCCUCUCUUUUUGUUAAUUUUAUGAUUUUCCUUACCAGCUGUCUUCCAUGCCUUUGAUGAAUUAUUUAAGUAUUUUCUUUUUUGUGUGUAAAUAAACACUAGCCCUGUUUGGGUUACUGACCUACA